AUGGAGUGCAUGUUCAUCAUGAAUCGGAUGGGCUCUCCGGGUAGCUCGGUUGCAGCCCAACGGAGGCGUAUGGCCCUGGGGGUGGUCAUACUCCUGCUUGUAGACGUCAUCUGGGUGGCCUCGUCUGAGCUGACAUCAUACAUUUUCAGGAGACAGGAGUACAACAAGCCCUUCUUUAGCACCUUCACCAAGACGUCCAUGUUUGUGCUGUACUUACUCGGCUUCCUCUUGUGGCGACCCUGGAGGCAGCAGUGUAGCGGUUCGCUUAAGCGUCGACACGCUUCACUUUUUGCUGAUGCAGAAGCCUACUUUGCUCCCUGCACCAAUGACAGCACUGUAAACAACUGCUUGAGUGAACCACUGUACGUGCCCGUCAAAUUUCAGGAGGUACCUACUGAUCUCUCAAACUGUUUAAUCGACACAGACUCGGCUUCUAAAAAGCAGCGGGUGCGUUUUAGCAACAUCAUGGAGGUGCGACAGCUGCCCUCCACGCAAGCCCUGGAGGCCAAACUGUCCCGCAUGUCAUACCCGGCUGCCAAGGACCACGAGGCCAUGUUACGCACGGUGGGCAAGCUAACCAUCACUGAUGUGGCAAAAAUCAGCUUCUUUUUCUGUUUCGUGUGGUUCCUGGCCAACCUGUCCUAUCAGGAAGCGCUCUCUGACACACAAGUGGCCAUUGUCAACAUUUUGUCAUCCACGUCAGGCCUGUUCACACUCAUCUUGGCUGGUAUUUUUCCCAGUAACAGCAGCGACCGCUUCACCUUGUCCAAGUUGCUAGCAGUGGCCCUGAGUAUGGGAGGAGUUGUCCUGGUGAGCCUCUCUGCAAUGGACCGCCCGGAUGAGAAAGCCACAAUUGGUUCCUUGUGGGCCUUGGCUGGUGCCUUUUUGUAUGCCAUCUACAUUGUGAUGAUCAAAAGAAGAGUGGAUCGGGAGGAUAAACUGGACAUUCCCAUGUUCUUUGGGUUUGUAGGUCUGUUCAACCUGCUGCUGCUGUGGCCAGGCUUCCUCCUGCUUCACUACACAGGCUUCGAGGCGUUUGAGCUUCCUACCCAGUUGGUGUGGAGCUACAUCUUCAUCAAUGGCCUCAUCGGGACCGUUCUCUCCGAGUUCCUGUGGCUAUGGGGCUGCUUCCUCACGUCAUCACUCAUCGGGACCCUGGCCCUCAGCCUCACCAUACCGCUGUCCAUUUUGGCUGAUAUUUUCUUGCAGAAGGUACGUUUCUCGUGGCUGUUUUUUGCUGGAGCAGUACCCGUCUUCCUCUCGUUCUUUAUUGCAACACUUUUAUGUCACUACAACAACUGGGACCCUGUCAUGGUGGGGCUGAGGAGACUGUAUGCCUUUGUUUUUAGAAGACAUCGUAUUCAUAGACUCCCUGAGGACAACGAGCUGUGUGAAAGCCUUAUACCUUUACACACCGUCUCCCUAAACCAAGGAAGCCUGUGCUCAUGA